AUGGCCACUACCAUCAACGAGAACUACAACAAGGCGCAUGACGCCUACGAGCCCCGGCCCGGCGGCCUCGGCGACGCUGCCGACCCGGAGACGGCCCGCGGCCCCACGGCCGCCGACACGGACGAGGUCGUCGGCGUGACCCUCGAGGAGAUCGCCGCCCAGAGCGUCCACUGGUACAGCUACUUCACCACCGUCGACUUCUGGGCCGUCCUCGCCCUCGGCCAGGUCCUCGCCCUGUGCAUCACUGCCACCAACACCUUCACCACCUUCCUCGGCAACGAGGGCACCAGCAUCCCGGCCUUCCAGACCCUAUUCAACUACGUGCUGCUGAUCCUCGUCUACGUGCCCGCCAUGCUCUACCGCUACGGCUUCAAGAAGUUCGGCCGCAUCGUCCUCAGGGACGGCUGGAAGUACUUCAUCCUCAGCUUCUUCGACGUCGAGGGCAACUACUGCACCGUGCUGGCCUACCGCUACACCAACAUCCUGUCGGCCCAGCUCAUCAACUUCUGGUCCAUCGUCAUGGUCGUGCUCGUCUCCUUCUUCAUCCUGCGCGUGCGCUACAAGCCCUUCCAGAUCGCCGGCAUCCUCGUCUGCUGCGGCGGCAUGGGCCUGCUCCUGGCCUCGGACCACCUGACCGGCUCCAACGGCGGGCCCGGCGUCAACCUCGUCAAGGGCGACCUGUUCGCCCUGCUCGGCGCCACCUUCUACGGCCUCUCCAACGUCUUCGAGGAGUGGUUCGUCUCCCGCCGGCCCAUGUACGAGGUGCUCUCCUUCCUGGGGCUGUGGGGCGUCAUCAUCAACGGCGUCACCGCCGCCAUCUUCGACCGCCAGAGCUUCCAGGGCGCCACCUGGAACGGCGCCGUCGGCGGCUACCUCGUCGGCUACACCCUCGCCCUCUUCAUCUUCUACAGCCUCGCGCCCCUCAUCCUGCGCAUGGCCUCGGCCGCCUUCUUCGACAUCAGCCUGCUGACCGGCAACUUCUGGGGCGUCAUCAUCGGCAUCCACGUUUUCGGCCUGACCAUCCACUACCUCUACCCCGUCGCCUUCGUCCUCAUCAUCAUCGGCCUCGUCGUCUACUUCCUCGCCGGCAGCAUGCUCGGCGACUCCAAGAAGCCCUGGCUCGGCGACAACCAGGAGGACGGCGUUGCCGGUAUCGGCACCGCCAAGCUGCGCGCCCUGAACCUGGCUCGCAAGAAGGGCAUGGUCAUCGCCAGCGAGACCGAGGGCGAGCGUGGUCUCUGA